UAUCCAAGGCCGGGAUGUCAAUUGUUGACAUUUGGCGCCAGGUAAAAAGGAGGCAAAUCAACCGUUAAUAGUUCUGAAAACAUGUGUGAUAAACAAUUGGAUAUAAACAUUCGUUUGUCGAGACUGAAACCAUUUGACUUGAGAUAAACGUGAUAAUUUCUACUCCUCAUCCUGUUAGAAGUUAUCAUAUAAUGUAGUGGGACCAUCACCAUGAAUGCUGUGAGAAGUGAACAGAGUACCACAAUUCAUGAACGCACUCCCCACAUAUUUCAUAGAAGGCGAUCUCUCUUUCCACCAGAUAGCUCUGAUUCAGAAUCAGAUUCUGAUUUGGGUCAUAUAAGUCCCAUUAGCUUUGAUUCUUGUUUUGGACCUGAAGACUUACAAUGUUGUAUUCUAAAACAUAAUAAUGGAGAUAAUCUAUUAUUUAAAGCAGAUACUAUUGGUGACUACAAUAUAUUAGGAGUUGUGGAUAUAGGACAGUAUGGAGCUUGUACUCCUACUAAUGUAAAAUGUUCUGCUUCGGAAACUAUGUCUCCUUUAUAUUUAAGUCCUCAUAUCAAAAAGAUUAAAGACAGUUCACAGAAUGUUCUAAAUGAAACUCCAUCAAAAAUUUCUCCCUCUUAUAAGUUAAAAACCCCUCAUGACACCUCCAAUACUAAUACUAAAUUACCAAAAUUAGUUCGUAAAUCUCUUUUAGAUUCAUCAGAAAUUCCUUCCAAUAAGAGAAAAUUGUCUCCCUACAAUUCUCCCAAGCAAACUAAACAUAUCAAAUUAGAUCCUAAAAAUUCCAAAGUACGCACAACAUUGUUUCCUGAAGAUAGUAUUUCUCUUUCAACAAAUCAAUUUUAUCCUAAAACAGAAGAUAUAAUGGAAAAAAUAUUGACCAAGAAAGAAGAUCGCCCAAAAUCACACAUUUUUUUCAACACAAGCCGCAAAACGAAAUCGCGUAAAAGAAUAGGACAAAUAAAUGCUGGCGUUGGUCAUAAAAUUCGCAAACCAAGACAAAAAAAGUCAAAAAAAACAAUUCUGAAAGCUGCCAUGAGUGUAAUAGGAAAUUCGUCCAUUACUGAUUAUAUUAUGGACUUGAAAGAAAUGAAAUGCAAAAAUGAUUCAGUUCCACUUAUAGCAAAUAAAGAAAAUGCAAAACCAGCUGUUAUCCAACAUCAGGUGAUUCCGUCUACAACUCUUUCCAAACAGAAGCAGAUGAUUUCAUCUACAGUUACCCAGGAGAAGCUCAUAACUUGUGCAACAAUAACCAAAAAUACCCCUACCGAGGAGAGUAAAAAGCGGCCAAUGAGUCCUGAACCAGAACCAGAUUCAAGUAAAAAGUUUUUUAAACAUUUGAGAUCCAAAGGGGUUGUGAAAAUGAAUAAAAAUAUUAAACUUGAAGUUGGUAAUGGAAAGGUCACUCUGUUAGAAAAACCAAAGAUCAAAGAUGUUGAAAAUCAAUAUGAUCUGAGCGACUUAGUUUCAGAUGAGCCAGACUUGAUUAAGGCUGAUAUUGAAAGUGUCAUUAGUUCUCUUGAAGAUGAAGAAUGUCCCACUAUUACAAAAUCUGAUAACAAAAUAACGUUACAAGCUCACAGCUCCGUAGUAGCUUCAGAUAACUCAAUUUUUCUCCAUCAACAGCCACCGUGCCCUGCAAGUGUUAUCCUAUCUCCCAUAUCUCAAAUGUGCGAUGAUACCUCCGGUUUAGCUUUGAGUAGCCCUAAGAUGGCUAAAAACCUAACAUCCGUUCUGAAUAGAAUGCCUAAUGCCGCACAGAACAUUUUUAAGAUGUCAGUUCCUCCAAAAAACAAUGAAUUGUUUCCAAUUUUUUGUGGCACUACCAGCAGCGUUCCUGAGAAAAAGCUCAAUAAGGGAUCUACCUCCACCGAUAAAAAGUUUCGAAAGUUAUGUUCGACUCAAAUGCUCCUUGAUGCUGGCCAGAAAAGAUUUGGAGUUACCCAGUGCCCUGAGUGUGAUAUUGUAUACCAUAUGGGAGAUCCUAGUGAUGAAAUUAUGCAUUUGCAUUAUCACAACUCUGGACAUAUUCUGAGAUUUCAUGGAUGGAAGAAUGAGAGAAUCGUUGCUGAUUUUCAAAAUAAUGGACGAAUUAUACAGAUUGUUCCAACAGAUUCUAAAUCCUGGUGGAAAAAAGCCAAUGACUUGAUGGGCUUGAUUAAUCAAGAAAUGGGAUGCUACAAUAUGGAAUUCCCUUUGGAUAAUUGUCAGGUAUAAUAUUUACAUCUUAA